AUGGUACUUCAACAAUGCCCCCUCGCGUUCUUGGAAGCGAGCCCCGUCCGCAGAAGGGGAGACGCGCGCGCUGUCUGCACGAUUCGCACGCUCCAGAGGCGCUCCCUCUCUCCCCGCCUCAUUUUCCCCAAAGAAACCUGGCACGGCCGCGAACCCGCGCCCCCUCACUCACUCCACAGGGUGCAGGCAAAGGAGCGGAUCCGACGGGUGCGAGGAGGAAAGAGCAACAAGCCGAGCCACGGUGGCCGCCUCCGUCGAUGCGGCGCCACUGCCCGGACGGCGGCGUUUCGCGGCACUUCAGGAGGCUGCGCGCUCGCAUCCCUCGCGGCUCCCGUAGAACUCCCGCGAUGCCAGCGCUCUAGCGGAUUACCUUCCGGUGUCAUUCUUCCACUUCCUCAGAAUGUGAAGGACUACUUACUUGAUGAUGGAACGCUGGUGGUUUCAGGAAGGGAGGAUCCACCAACUCAUUCUCAACCAGACAGUGAUGAUGAGGCAGAAGAAAUUCAGUGGUCGGAUGACGAGAACACAGCCACCCUGACGGCUCCAGAAUUUCCUGAGUUCACCACUAAAGUUCAAGAAGCUGUCAAUUUGUUAGGGGGCAGUGUCUUUCCUAAGCUUAACUGGAGCGCCCCCAGGGAUGCGUACUGGAUAGCCAUGAAUAGCUCUCUGAAAUGCAAAACGCUCAGCGACAUCUUCCUGCUUUUCAAGAGUUCUGAUUUCAUCACUCGAGACUUUACUCAGCCAUUCAUUCAUUGUACUGAUGAUUCUCCAGAUCCUUGUAUGGAAUAUGAGCUUGUUCUCCGAAAAUGGUGUGAAUUAAUUCCUGGAGCUGAGUUCCGAUGCUUUGUCAAGGAAAACAAGCUUAUUGGUAUUUCUCAGCGGGACUACACACAAUACUAUGAUCAUAUUUUUAAGCAAAAGGAAGAAAUUUGCAGAUGCAUUCAAGACUUUUUCAAGAAGCACAUACAAUAUAAAUUCUUAGAUGAAGACUUUGUAUUUGAUAUAUACCGAGACAGUAGGGGAAAGGUGUGGCUAAUCGAUUUUAACCCUUUUGGCGAAGUAACAGAUUCACUGCUGUUUACUUGGGAAGAACUGAUAUCCGGGAAAAACUUGAAAGCUGACGUUAGUGAAGGGGACGCCCUGGAGCAGGAUUCUCCAGCUUUUCGCUGCACAAACAGUGAAGUUACAGUACAACCCAGUCCCUAUCUGAGUUACCGACUACCCAAGGAUUUUGUAGACCUCUCUACUGGUGAAGAUGCUCACAAACUAAUUGAUUUCCUUAAACUGAAAAGGAAUCAGCAAGAGGAUGACUGACUCCAGUUACAGACCAGCUUCAGGAGGAAACCAUCCCAACUGCAGGAGGCUGUGCAUAGGACGUCCUUCCUCUCAGCCCUGAUCUGAGGGGGGUGGGGGUAGGCAGUGUGGAAACCAGCAGCUUUUUAUAUUCAUGGGCAUCCAGCUGGAGGAAAAUGGAGGGACUUUGCUACUUGUAAACAAACAUAAUAAAUAGAUCAUAACCAUAGAAAACCA